AAAAUCCAAAAAAACACAAGGGUUAAGUGUGGCAUUGAUGUUUUUGGUAUAAAGCUCUUCUUAAAGUAAGAUCACCAAUGAUAGCUUCAGAGAGUACUUCCAAGACCUCGGAAACUAACUCAGUAAGUCAAGAGACCAAAGAAGAGAAGAAGAAACCGGUUAAAGACUCCGGUAAGCAUCCGGUUUACCGGGGAGUCCGAAAGAGGAACUGGGGAAAAUGGGUGUCGGAGAUACGUGAACCGAGGAAAAAAUCCCGUAUAUGGCUCGGAACGUUUCCUUCCCCGGAGAUGGCGGCGCGUGCACAUGACGUAGCUGCUCUAAGCAUUAAAGGAGCCUCCGCUAUACUCAACUUCCCAGACCUAGCCGGCUCUUUCCCGCGGCCUAGCUCACUUAACCCUCGAGACAUCCAAGUCGCGGCUCUCAAAGCCGCACACAUGGAGACCUCGCUGUAUUCUUCCUCUUCUUCUUCUUUCACGUUUUCAUCUUCACAGUCUUCUUCUUCGCUUGAGUCUCUUGUGUCUUCCUCUGGGACCGGCUCCGAGGAGCUAGGGGAGAUCGUAGAGCUACCAAGUUUGGGAUCGAGCUACGACGGUUUGACUCAACUAGGUAACGAGUUUAUAUUCUCUGACUCUGCAGACUUAUGGGCUUAUCCACCGCUAUGGUCAGAAGAUGAUUAUCAAAUGAUUCCUGCCUCGUUAUCACAAGAUUGGGAUCUUCAAGGACUGUAUAAUUAUUAAGUCAUAAUCAUAAAAAAUUACUAGUAAUUUUGUGUUUAAUAAUCACUUUUUAAUGAACCCUUUAUUUUGUA